ACUGCUGUAACGGUGAUCCUGUAGUGAAUCUAAUAGUGAUUCCUGCAUCACCACCACCACUAUCAACACCACCCACCACUGGUAAAAAACACCACACUCCUUCUCCUGAUGGAUCCUGCUGUUCUACAGAGAAAUCCAGAAAAAAUCAUAAUAGAAAACCAGGAACAUCUAAACCAACACCUGCUGCUCCAAUCACUCCCUCAAAAACCUCACCUACAACAUCCAUAUCUACAACUACAUCUGCAAAGAGCAGCACAGUUCACUCAAUGACCCCACCUACAAAACCCACAUCUACAGCAAGCAACACAGCUCCCUCACCUACAACCUCACCUACAGCAUCCAUAUCUGCAACUACAUCUGCAAAGAGCAGCACAGAAACUCCGCCGACUCAUAGUCAGAAAACCACAUCCUCCACGUCAUCUGCAGGAUCAGCUAAAGGAGGGGUUUCUAAUGGAAACCACAAAAGAAUCACUAUCGCUGUGGUGGUGGUUGGGGCUGGACUCGUCCUAUUGGCUGUAGUUCUAAUGAGACGCUGUUCCAAACAGAAGGCUCAGGAGAACGAGCAUGUUUACGCCACCAUCCCCGACUCCACCGCUCCCGCCACUCAACCCGACUCCUCCCCUCCCAGAAUUUAUGAAGCCGUUUACUGUCUGGCAGGAGAUCCUGACAUAGUGAAACUAGGUUUAAAGAAUCAAGCAGAGAAUACGACUGAUCUGGUUUAUUCCACUGUUCAACCAGUUCAACCAGCUGUGCUAAACGAGCCCAGUCCUGAUCACCUUUAUACAGUUUUAGAGAAUCCAACUGCUGAUUCUCCUCAAAUUCCACAAACCCCGCCCACAGUGAAUCCGAGUGAUCUGGUUUAUUCCAUGGUUCAGCCGGUUCAGAAGAAGGAGAGUCCUGAUCUCCAGAUUAAUAAAGAAUAAAUGUAAAAAAGUAAUUUUGUUUCUUUAUUUUUGUUGUAAAUAUUUAAUAAUUAUGUGAUUUUGGCCAUAUAAGUUGUGCUCAUGUUAAAAAUAAAAUAAAACAUUUAAAAACA